GUCAUUAUGGCGUUACAGAGAGUGGACAAUAUAGUAGGGAUGCUGAUGGAUGGCCUCAAGCAAAUGAACCUGCAUAAAUGCCUGAACAUUAUUUUUAUAUCAGAUCAUGGGAUGGAAGCGGGGAGCUGCAGAAAAACAGCAUAUCUGAACAACUAUCUGGAUGAUGUUCAAGAUUUCAUAGUAGUACCUGGUCCUGCAGCUCGCCUAAGACCUAAUAAUGUUCCAGAUGAGUAUUUCUCUUUUAAUUAUGAAAGCAUUGUCAGAAACCUCACAUGCAUAGAACCAAAUCAGCCUUUCAAAGCUUAUAUGAAACAGCUGCUGCCCAAGCGUUUCCAUUAUUCCUAUAAUGACCGGAUUGAACCAUUGCACUUUUAUUUAGACACCCAAUGGCAGCUUGCUAGGAAACCACUUGAGGUUAAGAGGUGCACAGGUGGAUUCCAUGGCUCGGACAAUCGCUUCCCCAGUAUGCAGGCUAUCUUUAUUGGGUUUGGACCAGGAUUCAAGUCUCAUACUCAAGUUGAUCCAUUUGAAAACAUUGAAGUAUAUAAUUUAAUGUGUGAUUUGCUUGAUUUGAAACCAGCCCCAAACAAUGGAACUCAUGGAUGCCUAAACCACCUUUUGAGGAACCCUGUUUACAUACCCCACCAUCCCAAAGAAGCAAGCCAUCCUUUUGAAUGCUCUGUGGUGGGUCAAAGAGCCUUUUCAGUGAGCCUUGGCUGCUCCUGCAGGACAGGGGGCUUGCCAAUAAGAGAUUUUAAUCAGCGUUUAGAUCUCACUGAAACAGAAGUUAAGAAGAUAGAAGAACUUACUUUGCCUUAUGGACGUCCCAGGGUUCUGCAGAAGAGACAUAAUUACUGCCUUCUUUACCAUUACCACUAUGUGAGUGGAUACAGCAAGGACUACAGGAUGUCUCUGUGGAGUGCAUACACUGUUAACAAAGAUGACAAAUGGAUUUCUGCUACAGAAGAUACCUCCAGCUGUUUACACAAGGAUGCUCGUGUUUCUUCCAAUCAUAACCAGUCGUGUUUGUUUUACAACAACCACCCUCGCCUUACUUACGGAUUCCUUUCCCCUCCAAAUUUUAUGACAGAUGAAAAGAAGCCUCACUAUGACGCCUUGCUUACCAGCAAUAUUGUGCCAAUGUAUCCUGCAUUUAAAGUGUUAUGGAACUACUUCCAUCGAUACCUGCUGCCUGAAUAUGCCGCAGCCAGGGGUGGUGUCAAUGUAGUCAGUGGUCCAGUGUUUGAUUAUGACUCUGAUGGGCUCUACGAUACCCCAGAAAAGGUGAAAAGACAUCCCAGUAAUUCAGAAGUUCUAGUUCCAACUCACUACUUCAUUGUGCUGACUAGUUGUAAAAAUACUUCUGAAACUCCUCUGGAGUGUGAAGGGUCUCUAGAUGCCUUGUCUUUCAUCAUACCUCACAGAGAAGACAACAGUGAAAGCUGUGCAGAUGGCAAAUCUGAGUCCAUGUGGGUUGAAAAGAGAAUGAAGUUUCAUACAGCUCGGAUCAGAGAUAUAGAAUUACUUACUGGACUCAGUUUCUAUCAAGACAGAAAACAGCCAGCAACUGAGAUUUUACAGUUAAAAACAUAUUUACCAGCUUUUGAAGCUGACUGA